CUGCUUAUGUUGCGCGAGUGUCCACUACUUGCGGAAGACGUGCAAUGGGUUUAUCUGGAACACCCUUAACCCUUAAUCACUUGGGCAUGUUCGGACGGUCAAAAUCGAGGGGUUGAGGGUCACAGAAACUCCCCUCCCUCACUGAACGAAGUGGAACAGACUUCAAAAUGGAGGCAAAGAUGCCCCCCGAGGGGAAGUGCUUAGGGAGAGAUAGCGAGUGGAUUUUAAAAUGAAGUGGAACACAUUCCCGGAGUUUGGAAAAAGCUAUGUCGUGAUCAUGAUGUAACAGUUUAAGCACGCAUGCGCGCUAAAUUGUCCUGUGCUGAUGCAAGAAGAUAUGUGAAUAGAAGCUGUGUGAUCGAGAUUAAACAGACCGAAACCAUUUUUGGACAAAACCAUCAUGUCAGAAGACGAGAUUGUAUUCGACCCUACAACAACAAAGAAGAAAAAGAAGAAGAAGAAGCCCUUUAUGCUGGAUGAAGAUGGAGAUGGACUUGGAGAAGAGGUUCAACAGACUGAAAGGAGUGAAAUUGAGCCUGAAGCAGCAGAGGAGCAAGAAAUGGAGCCUGAAGAUGAUGAAGUCAAGAGAAGAGAGCCUUCAGAUGAUUUAGAUGAUCUGAACUUCUUUAAUCAGAAGAAAAAGAAGAAGAAACCAAAGAAAGUGUUUGACAAUGACAUUGAAGAGGGCAUGAAGGAGCUGAAAAUUGAGGGAGACCUACAGGAAAUGGUUGAGGAAGAUGAUAUGGACCUGAUGCUGCCAGCUAAGAAAAAGAAAGCAAAAAAAGUGGAAUUUGUUGAGGAAUGUGACAUUGUGGAAAAGGAUGAUGUCAUCGAUGAUGAUAAAAACACAGAUGGAAUCAUGUUCAGCUCACAGUUGGGCCCAGCAUGGGCAGGAUCUGAGAGAGACUACACUUAUGAUGAGUUGUUGAGCCGGGUGUUUAACAUCAUGAGGGAGAAGAACCCUGAUAUGGUUGCCGGUGAGAAGAGGAAGUUUGUGAUGAAGCCUCCUCAGGUGGUCCGAGUUGGGACCAAGAAAACAUCUUUUGUCAACUUCACUGACAUUUGCAAACUGUUGCAUCGACAGCCCAAACAUCUCUUGGCAUUCCUGUUAGCUGAGUUAGGAACAAGUGGUUCAAUAGAUGGAAACAACCAGCUUGUGAUCAGAGGACGCUUUCAACAGAAACAAAUAGAGAAUGUUUUGAGAAGAUAUAUAAAGGAAUAUGUGACUUGUCAUACCUGCCGCUCACCGGAUACAAUCCUGCAGAAGGACACGCGUCUGUAUUUCCUGCAGUGUGAAACCUGUCACUCACGUUGCUCUGUAGCGAGCAUCAAGACUGGCUUCCAGGCUGUCACCGGCAAAAGAGCCCAGCUUCGAGCCAAAGCCAGCUAAUGUUCUGGCCUCUGACCCACAUGAAUCCUCAGCCCCUCUGGCUGGCAACUAAAGCCACAAUCCAUCAUUGCUGCUCUCCUCUGAAGCAGGGUGGACUAAUCCAAGACUAAACUUCUGGAGUAAACUGUGGAAGAUUUCGAACGGGUGUAAUUUUUGUUGAUACAUCUUUGACAUGAAAGCUGGAGGGCUGUAGCAAACAGACUGCUUGGUCUGUUCAUCAACUUACCUCCUUCCUCCUGAAAUAUUAUGCUUUUUUUUCUUUCUUUUUUUAAAUUAAUUAGGCAUAUUGUAUAACCUGAGCAGAUUACUGUUUAUUUGUGUAAAUUGUAUUCUCAUAAGUAGAAUAUGAAAAAUGUUAUUGGAUGAUAAAUGGACAACAAUUUUCUUUUUAUAAUUUUUUUUUAUUAUUAUUUUUUGGUUAAUCUCCAUGUCUCUUAAAUUAUCUUUUGUAGGACAGUCAUUGCACGACCUCUGUGACAUGAAUAAGAGGUUGGAUCUCAGUCUCACAACAUGUUUGGAGAUUGUUCAAUCAGGAGAAGUGUGACUUUGGAUCUCCUCUAAACAAUAUAAAACGAAAACACUGUUUUUUAUUUAAAAAAUAAAGAACAAAUUAUGUUGUUUGCUUUGGUUGAACACUAGGCAGCAGAUGUUUGAUUGCGUUCAACAUAAGCACUGCUGAGAUUGAAACAAAUGCUUUUAAUAGAUUAUAUAUAUUUGUGCAGUUAUCUCAGGUGUCGUGGAAAACCUGGAAUUUUGCUUUACCGUUUUCAAGUCAUGAGAAAGUUAUGGAAGAAAUUUGAAAAAUACUUAAAUGUCCUGGAAAAUUAUUUAUCCUGAAAAAUAUUUUAUUACAAUAAAACUGUUUGACUGUUGCUUACAAGGGUUUUUCUUACAUGCACAAAAACAUGGUAACAAUCGGGAUUUGUGAUCGGUGUCAAAUAGACAAAUUUGUGUAGUUUUGUCAUGAACAAAUUAGACCAUGCGAGAAAUUGAGACCCCAUCUGCUAUAAUAGCGAUUCAGUUGGCUAAUAGAGUUUUAAUGGGUGCUCUAUUCACUGCCCGAGUAGAUAUCCUACACAAUCCCUUUAUGAUGAAUAUCGACAUAACUUUUGUAAAUACAAUAUGUAAUGACUUUUAAAUCAUGUUACACAUAAUUGUACAUUACCAAAGCUAUAGAUUGUGACAUUAAACAUUUCUUGUUCUCUGUGUUUUUCAGUUAGCGUUCAGUUAGCAAGCUAUCUGCUUCAGAAUUACUGAACCACAAUGUUACAAAAUAUAUGCGACAUAUUUACGCACCUUUUUCUUGUAUGCACGGCAGCAAUUAUGAGGUUGUAGACCUCUAGAGUAUUGCUGUACAGUUUUGCUUGCAUUUAGGAUUAAACAUUAUAAAUCAUUAUUUAAUAACCAUCAUGCCAAACCAGAUGUGAAUAACUUACUUUCUUCUGCUGAACACAAAUGAAGAUUUUUAGAAGAAUAUUUCAGCUCUGUAGGUCCAUACAAUGCAAGUGAAUGAUGACCAGAACUUUGAAGCUCCAAAAAGCAAAUAAUGGCAGCAUAAAAGUAAUCAAUAUGACUCCAGUGGUUAAAUCCAUAUCCUUCUGAAGCGAUCCAAUUGGGUUUGGGUGAGAACAGACUAAAAUAUAACUCUCUUUUUUUUCCACUGUAAAUAUUGACAUCAGCAGUCUCCUUGGUGAUCAUGAUUUCCAGCUUUUGAUUACACUGAUUACUUUCAGUGCCAUCUAGGAAAGUGAUACGAAGUGUAUCAAGCUUGAAAUCAUGAUGGUGCCUAAUUAAUUUGUGUUGUUCGGAUUACUAGAUAAGGAUUUUUUUAUUAUUAUUAUUAUAUAGAGAGUGCAAUCACAAAGAGCAAUUUUUAGCCAUUUAAAUAUUUUAGAGCAGAGCAUAACUAGAAUAAUUUAUAUUCACUGUAGAAAUUAUUAAGACUUAUUAAGAUUUUACUAAUUUACCAUGACUUUCCCAGGCCUAGAAGUCCUAUUUUAAAAUUCCCUCAUAUUUCCAGGUUUUCCAUGACCAUGAGAUCCCGGAUUCCCCCUGCACACCUGGAUAUAAAUCAGGUGCUCCCACCGUCUUCAUUACUGGUCAAUGGCAGAGGAGAGACUUGAUUCCUGCAGAUAUAACAUGUUUUCAUUUCUUAUUUCAUU